GAGACUCGAGCGCCGGAUGGGGGGUGCGCGGGUGGGGUCGGCAUGAGGAAGCGCGCGCUCCGACGUCCGGGCUAGCUCGCGCUGGGCGGCCGCGGGGGAAGGGGAUCCGAGCUAUUCCAGCUGCUCCGUUUCGGCCUCGGUCCGGGCCUCGCUCCCCUAAUCAAGGCGAUGAGGCUCGAGAGUGGCGGGGAGGCGAUGAAGGCUCCCUUGCUCCUGGAGGACGCCGGGAAGAACGAACGGCUUCGGGCCGGUUCUUAGUGGGGGCGGGGCCAGUAGAAUCCGAGCCCAGGGUCUCCCGCCGGGCGAGGAGGAGGCUGAUCCUUGGCGGAACCCUAAGUAGUAGGGGCUGCCCUGUGGCGGCACGUGAAAGCGCCCACCUCCUAAAUCUCCCUGCGCUGCCUCUCCGCGCCCCGAGGGACCGCACUAUGUGUGUGUAGUUCCGGAAUUACUCUGAAGUUUUAUUUAGGAAUAGAAAUGCUGGGGAGGGCGAGAAACGGGGAGAAAGGGAGGGAAGCUUUUGUGUGGAGAAAGUAAAGGAAAUUAAAGCCGUAAUUCUGGAGCCUUUAAGUCUCUUGGCUCGACUUUUAAUUAAAAAAAAAAAAAUCAUACUUGAGUGACGGCGUUUGCUGAGCAGCCACAAAGGGCUUUCCCAUCCCUUUUCCAAUUAGAGCCUGGCGAUUUGACUACCUGCGAUUGGGAGGCUGGUGUUGUCCGCCUCACACUGACACGAGCGCGCACACACUUGGACUUCCAUUCUUUUUCACACUCCUCCCCUCCCCCCUUCCCCUUCGCUCUUCGAUCCUAAAGUAGGCCCGGACAGGCUGGGGCACUGGAUUUACUAAAGGAACUUAAAAAUAUUCCCAUGACUCUGGAAUUAUUACAGUCCACAAGAAUUGGAAUGUCAGUAAAUGCUAUACGUAAGCAGAGCACAGAUGAAGAAGUUACAUCAUUAGCAAAGUCUCUCAUCAAAUCCUGGAAGAAGUUGCUAGAUGGACCCUCUACUGAUAAAGACUCUGAUGAAAAAAAAAAAGAAUCUGCUAUCUCUUCCCAAAACAGCCCUGAAGCAAAAGAAGAAAGUAGCUCCAGUAGCAAUGCAAGCAACAGAAAGGAAGAGACAAAUGCUUCUGAUUCCUUCAUUCCAUCUUUUCCCCGGGCACCAAGCACUUCAGAUUCGGUUCGAAUGAAGUGCCGAGAGAUGCUUGCUGCAGCCCUCAGAACAGGAGAUGACUACAUUGCUAUUGGGGCCGAUGAAGAAGAACUGGGAUCUCAGAUUGAGGAAGCUAUAUAUCAGGAGUUACGGAACACGGAUAUGAAGUAUAAAAAUAGGGUACGAAGUAGAAUAGCAAAUCUCAAGGAUGCAAAGAAUCCAAAUUUAAGGAAAAAUGUACUGUGUGGGAACAUACCUCCAGAUUUGUUUGCUAGAAUGACGGCAGAGGAAAUGGCUAGUGAUGAACUUAAAGAGAUGCGUAAAAACCUGACCAAAGAAGCAAUUAGAGAACAUCAAAUGGCUAAGACAGGUGGGACCCAAACUGACCUAUUUACAUGUGGCAAAUGUAAAAAGAAGAAUUGUACCUAUACCCAGGUUCAAACCCGAAGUGCUGAUGAACCUAUGACAACAUUUGUUGUUUGUAAUGAAUGUGGAAAUAGAUGGAAGUUUUGUUAGAAGAAGAAAUUGGGAAGAUACCUGGACACUUAACAAAAGAUUUUGUAAUUAGCUUUAAAAACUAGGCCAAGAAUCUAGUUUCCCUGCAAAUGAGAUUUUUUAAAGCAGCAUAAAUCCUUUGGGUUAGUUUUUUUGUCUUUGUUUUUUUCCCUUAAAAACCAUUCUUAUAGUUAGUCAGUGUAAGAUCAGAUAGUCAGUUGUAUGGUGUAUGUUUAGAACUAUUUUUUCAUUUUUAUAAGUAAGUCAACAUUAAACUUUUAUCAAUUUAAACUUUUGGUAACUUGUUUGUUUUUCGUAACAAAUGGAAAAUGUACUUUAACUUUUUUACAAUCUGAGACAUACACAAAAGAUUUUUUACUUCUCUUCUCUGUUAAUGUGAAAGUGGAAUUUGCAUUUGUUUCUGUAUUGGCAUGUUCCUACUUUAUUAAGGGAGAAGAAAGAUUAGUGUAAUUUUAGGAUUACCAAAUGUAGUGUGGUAAUGAAAUAAUAUUGGGACAGCUUAUCUAGUUUGUAAAUACCAUUUUUGAAAUAGUAUCUCACUUUGAUCAUAAUGAUUGUUAAUAAGCCUUAGUGAUUAGAUAUCAUUUUGCAUCUGUGACUAGCUGUGACCAAUUGCAUUUGUUGUACUUCUUAACUCUGUAAAUUACUUGCUCUUAAUAGAUCUUACUUUUGGGAAAUUUACUUUAAGUAGUUUGUUAAAACUGAUCAAUUGUUCUUUUUUUAUUUGUUUGACAUCAGAUUUUUAAAUUUUGCUGAUGAACAAGGUCAUUGUUUGGUAGAUUUUCAACUAUAGUUUAGAUCAAUUCUUCACAUGAAGGUAGAUUGAGGGAAAUGAUGUUAAACUUCACCAAUUACUAUAGUUUUCCUAAACUGUUCAUGAAUUUUACUGUGAUGUAAAGAACAACAACAAUAAUAAUAAUCAGUGACUAGGCUUGAGCAUCCAGUUUACAAUAUUAAAGCUAUGUUAAUCCCACAUCUAGGUUAAUAAAUUUUUUUCCUUCUGAAGUUUAUUUUCUGAUUAUAUACUUUUAAAAACCACUAAAUGCUGUUCAGUAAAACUGGGGCAUUCUUGUUCAAACUUUUUCUUAUGGCAGUGCAAUUUUUUUUCUCAUCAUCAAAUGCUACACAGAUAACAUUAAAUAAUUUUGGAACAAUGUUGUCACAUUCUUUGUGCCAUUUCAUAUCCACUCUGUCCCCCACAAAAUAUUACAGCUCAAUUUAGUAAAAUAUAAAAAACUAUCUAAAAUAACAUGUUGGUUAAAAUCUAUGUUAAAAAUUGGCCAAUUUAGGCCCCUCUCUUCCCAAAAUGUCAGAUAGAAUCUACUGAAGUGAAGAAAAAUGUUUUACUUAAUGAUUUAAAAAUGAUAAAGGAAAUUUGAAAAAACAGUUGAGCAUUAAGUUAAUAGAAAUCUCAUGUAACUUAAAGUGUUAAAUUUUUCAAAUAACUCAAUAAAGGUCUUUUUAUGAACUUA